CAGACAUCUGUUCUUUGGCACGCUGCUUCGGAGACAUCGGCAUAUGAAAACACAUAUAUUGUAGGUACACAUCUGUUAUGGCAUACCAGGGAAGCACAGGACCACUGCCUCAGAUACCAGUGUACUGUGUUGGGAUGCAGCCUGGUAACAAUUCAGUUUAUUCAGCUCCAGUGAACCAUGGAGCAACAGGUCCUACACUGCCUCCUGUUCCUAUAUUGAUGCCUUCACCUGGUCGACCUGCAGGCUGCCCACCUGGACUGGAGUACCUGAUUCAGACUGACCAGGUCUUGAUCCACCAGCGAGUUGACCUGGCUGAAAUGGUUAUUGGCUGGGAGAUGAACAAUGUUUACACAGUAAAGAAUAGCAUGGGGCAGCAGGUGUUUGUGGCUGCAGAGGAAAAUGACAUCUUCACCAUGCAAGUAUGUGGCCCCGCUAGACCUUUCACGAUUCAUCUUCAUGACAACAUGGGACAGGAAGUGUUGACGCUAAUCCGCCCCCUAAGGUGUGGUUCUUGCUGCUUUCCCUGCUGCCUGCAAGAGCUGGAAGUUCAGAGCCCUCCUGGAAAUCCCAUAGGUUAUGUGGAGCAGAACUGGCACCCUUUUCUGCCAAACUUUACCAUCUUAAAUGACAUGAGGAGACCCCAGUUGAAGAUCAAGGGGCCUUGCUGUGACUGUAGAUGCAUGUCUGAUGUGAUCUUUGAGGUGACAUCUUUGGACGAGUCAGUGGUGGUAGGGCAGAUCAGUAAACAGUGGGGUAGGUUCAUGCAGGAAGGCUUCACAGAUGCAGAUAACUUUGGAAUCUCAUUUCCUGUGGACCUGGAAGUUAAGAUGAAGGCAGUGAUGGUAGGAGUCUGCUUCCUCAUUGAUUUCAUGUUUUUUGAGACUAAUCCACAUAACAGUAAAUAAACAUUUUGUAACAUGUUAACGUGAUAUGAAUGGUGCUGUAGAAAAUAAAAUACUUGCA